GUGAUCGUGAAUUUAAUGGAUAACGACGCUGAUAUUGCUUCAAUGAAAAAUAACGAGCCUCCCUGGUUCAACAACAUUGAUGAACUACUCCAAAGCUCGAAGGGAUUAAUAGUUUUCAAGACUUUCCUCGACAAAUUACAUCUUGGAGACUGUCUUGAUUUUUAUUUCGCUUGCAAGGGAGUUAUCAAAAUUACAGAACCCAUUGCUCUUUACAACCAUGCCAAGUCUCUUCAUCGUCGGUUUAUUAUCCGUGGGAAAAUUUCCUGUAUUUCUCCUGAAAUGGCUAGUCGGAUAUAUUUAAGUGUCAAUAUGAAGGACGAGUCUGUUGACUUUAAGAAAUUAUUCAAAGAAGCUAAAUCUGAGACUUAUGUCUUCCUGAAGGACAAUUAUUUCCGGAUUUUCCUUUUAUCUCCUGAAUAUCUCGAUUUUUUGAACAAUACUGACGUUUGCAAGUCCAACCAAAUGGCCUACAGCCAAAAAAGUUGUUUAAAUUUGUCUAAAUCGUCGAAUAUGUGGAAAUAUCCAAGUCAGCAAAUAACAAGCAGAUCUCGCUAUCAGCCAAAUCUGGCUGUCACUGAUCCAAAGACUUUUGGGGAUGAACUUUCUUACAGAAUUGAGAAUAUGAGUAUUAAUAGAACUCAGCAGGCGAAUGAGAAGCCCUUCAGUCGCUCUCACAUUCGACCAGAUGACAUUCUUGAGGAACACAUCUCAAAAAUAUGGGAUGAAACCUCAAUUAAAGAAGCUUCAAUACCUCUAAAUAUAAAGCCCGCGUCGUGUUUUGCUCAAAGGCUUAAUGAAACUGCAAGGUCAAUGAAUUUUAGCAUUGAGAAAUUUCCUUACUCAUUAGCUGCUCCUGCGGGCUCACUUGUGGUUGGAUAUCAAUUCUCUAAUGAAAAAUUUCCUUUUCGAACUAUAGUUAAUCAAUCUGUGAUUGAUUUGGGAGAAUUUAAGAAAGUUGUAGGAAGGAAAGGAUCUUUCCGCUAUUUUUUUAAAACAGCUUGUUUUGAUUUUGACUCUUCUGUCGCUUUUGUAGAACUUUUUAAUGAUUCAGACGAAGUUCCUCUUUGGGAAGGUAAAGUAUUCUCAAAGAUCUUUCCGAGUUGUUCUGAUUAGUGUUUUCCUCAAAUCGAACAUAUAUUUAUUUUAUUCUACGGGUGUGGAUGUU